AGAUUCGAAUCAUAUCAUCCUUUCCAGCUGGUAAAUCCAAAGAAUUUCUUCCCAAAUCUAAAUCUAUCUCCAUUUCGUUCUUCAUCUUCAGGAUGGGGCUGACGUUCACGAAGCUUUUCAGCAGGCUGUUUGCCAAGAAGGAGAUGCGUAUUCUGAUGGUGGGUCUUGAUGCUGCCGGUAAGACCACUAUCCUGUACAAGCUCAAGCUCGGCGAAAUUGUCACCACCAUCCCCACCAUCGGGUUUAAUGUUGAGACAGUGGAAUAUAAGAACAUCAGUUUCACUGUUUGGGAUGUUGGUGGUCAGGACAAGAUUCGUCCUUUGUGGAGGCACUAUUUCCAAAACACUCAAGGUCUUAUUUUCGUGGUGGAUAGCAAUGACAGGGACCGAAUAGUUGAGGCAAGGGAUGAGUUGCAUAGAAUGUUGAAUGAGGAUGAGCUGAGAGAUGCUGUUUUGCUUGUAUUUGCCAACAAACAAGAUCUCCCAAAUGCAAUGAAUGCUGCUGAAAUAACUGACAAGCUUGGUCUUCACUCUCUCCGCCAGCGCCAGUGGCUUGAGAUGGCUAAGGCUUCUGGUUGUUAUUUAGAUAAUGAAAUUCAGUCAACUCAGAAGCUGUAAUGAAACAAAUGGUUGUUAGAUAUCAUAAUGGGUUCUGAAUCAGUUCUGUGUUGGCUAAUACUAUUUAGUUGUAAACCUAACUGUUUUGUCCUUUAGCUUUUGGAAAUGAGAUUCGUACUAAUCACAAUGUGGCCUUUUCUUCAGCCCAUAUCAUAUAUCUUCAUUUUGGUUUUUUACACCAAUAUCUAGGUGUUAGCCAGCUGGCCUUUGGUA